GAUGGUAGCUUUAUCAGGAACCGCUGGUUCUCAUAGUCUUUGAAAGCCAAGCUGAGAAGUGAAGUUAACGAGCAAUGGCCACGCUUGCUUCUUCCUCAUCCACUGUCCUCUUCUCUGCAUCCUCUUCCAACCUCCUCCCAUUCUCACAUCCUUCUACUUCGCGCCUCUCUUUCUCUUCUUCCCUCCAUCCUGCCUCCUCCUCUCUCUCAAUUUCUCCCACCUUUCUUCCAUACACUUCUUCAACUUCUGCAAACUUCGCCACUCAUGCUGCCUUCAGCGUCACUGCCAGUGCCGCUGACAAGAAGAAGGUGCUCAUCGUCAAUACCAACAGCGGUGGCCACGCCGUCAUCGGCUUUUACUUUGCGAAGGAGCUUCUUGCUGCUGGCCAUGCUGUCACCAUAUUCACCGUUGGUGAACAAGGCUCCGACAAGAUGAAGAAGCCUCCUUUUAAUAGAUUCUCAGAAAUUGUGAGUGCUGGAGGGCGCACAGUUUGGGGAGAUCCUGCAGAAGUAGGGAGUAUUGUUGGAGGGGAAGUGUUUGAUGCGGUUUUGGACAACAAUGGCAAGGAUCUUGAGACUGUCAGGCCGGUGAUUGAUUGGGCUAAGAGUUCAGGAGCAAAGCAAUUCCUAUUCAUCAGUAGUGCUGGAAUCUACAAACCAACAGAUGAACCUCCGCAUGUUGAAGGGGAUGUUGUUAACGCAAAUGCUGGCCAUGUUGAAGUGGAGAAAUACAUUGAAGAAACUUUUGGAAGUUGGGCAGUGUUCCGGCCACAGUACAUGAUUGGUUCUGGCAACAACAAAGACUGUGAGGAGUGGUUUUUUGAUAGGAUUGUUAGGGAUAGACCUGUGCCAAUUCCUGGCUCGGGAUUGCAAUUGAGUAACAUAGCUCAUGUUAGGGACUUGUCCUCGAUGCUUACUCUAGCUGUUGAGAAGCCAGAAGCUGCAAAUCAUAGCAUUUUCAACUGCGUGAGCGACCGUGCAGUGACUCUCGACGGAAUCGCCAAACUAUGUGCUCAAGCUGCAGGGCGCCCCGUUAACAUUGUGCAUUAUGAUCCAAAAGCUGUUGGAGUUGAUGCAAAGAAAGCUUUCCCUUUCCGCACCUAUCACUUCUAUGCAGAACCUAGAGCAGCCAAAACUAAAUUGGGAUGGCAAUCAACGACAAACCUCCCUGAAGACCUAAAAGAGCGGUUCGAGGAGUACGUAAAGAUUGGGAGAGAUAAGAAGCCCAUCAAGUUCGAGCUUGAUGAUAAGAUAUUAGAGGCCUUGAAAGUUCCGGUGCCCGUGUGAUCCAUCAUAUCCAAAAUGUAUAAAACAAUUAUCAAACAAGAUUGUUAGAUUUCUUGUCGCUCAAUUUAAAUAAUGUGCAUUAAAGAAAGUUACUUCUCUCCUUA